AGCUUGGUUAAUGAUCUUUACCUAAUCUAUAAAUACAAUGGCUGGAUUGCUAACUAACAGGGAUCUUUCCAAUGAGGAUGAUUUCUAUGAACUGCUUGGCUGUGAUGAGAACUCGACUGCAGAGCAGAUUGCAAUUGAGUUUAAGCAGUUAGCCCGAAAAUACCAUCCUGACAAAGAACACUAUCAGGAGCGUAAAGAUGAAGCCGAGAAGAUGUUUGUGAGACUGGAAGCAGCUAAAGUAGUUUUGUUGGACAAGGAGAAACGCUCAAAAUACGACCAGUGGAGGAGUGGUGGUUUCAAGCGAGUCAUCAGCUUUAAGGACUGGUUGGCAAUUCAGUCCAAAGUGCAUUCAUCUAUCCACUGGGCUGCUCCUCAAAAGAAACUACCAUCACUGCCAGAACCAGAGGUUACUGAUAGCUCGCACAGUGAAGGGCCGGAGCCUUCCAAGAGACAGAAGAUUGAUUCAUCUAUAGAUAAUCAGAAACUAACAUCACUUCAACAAUUCAGAAAAGGCACUGAAAAAGACCAGACUACUACUGAUAAACACUCGGUGCUCUCACAGUUCAGAAACUAUAAUAUUUAACUUUUGCAUACUUAUUGUCUUUUGUCUUUGUGUGCAUAUACUAAUAGAUCUAUAGAUUCAUAGCAAGCAUC